AUGGCUUUUAUGCUGCUGCUUCGCGCGAUUCGGUACUGCAUGUAUGGAGCGUACCAGCGUCGUCAGCUGCUGCGUGCCAACCCGCAGGCGAUUGUUGACCCGCUGAAGAAGCACUACACUUGCGUCUACGCCGGAAUACGAAUGGCUGAUAUUUUUGGCCAUGUCAAUAACGCCAAAUAUCUUGAGAUGUGUGAGCUUGCCCGCUGGCAUUACGCAGCUUACAGUGGACUGGCGCAAACAUACUUGAAGAAAAGGACAAGUCUCGUAGUUGCCUCUGUCAGCAUACAGUACGUGCGAGAGCUUCCGCCAUGUCGCAGUUAUCUGGUGACAACCGAGGUGCUGCGGUUUGAAGACGCGGGGCCUGUAUCAGUGGGGCCAACAUCGGGGAGGGAUGGGAGCGGGGUGGCGAAGCAGUUGCCACCCGCCGGGCGCAUGGUGUUCAUGCACGAGAUAUGGAGUAUGGAUAAGAAAAUUCUUCACGCCGGGAUUUUGUUGCGAGCGGCGCUAGUGGGUGAUUCCACCUCGCCCUUGGCUAUCCCAUCGGGAGGCCAGCGACGCAGUAAGCAUGCCCUGCUGGAUUGUAGGGCGGCUUACGCGGUGGACAGGAGCGUGGAUGAUGUCAAUCGCCUGACCGAGGCGAACUUGAAGAGUUUUUACCAUCGUCUUGGGUUCCAGCCAAACCAGGAGGGUUUCCAAGGUGAACCAUGGAUUGAAGCCUCGCGGCGUCUGGAAAAGGAGUGGCGCUCAAAGCUACAGGGCGUGAACGAGCCUUGA